CGACGCUCCACCGGCAUCAGUCCACGUUCGAACGACGUACACACACAUCACGUUCAUCGUCCGUCGUCUCUACCUCGUGGCCUACCCGCGCACUUACCGCGUUCAACGUCGUGUCGUAUCACAUCUCGUGCGUUAUCAUCCGAUCUCCGUUCACUUCUACUACAUACCACUACUGUUCAGCGAAAUGGCCUACUUGUCCAACAGCUUCGACUUCGAGCACUUGCAAAACUCGACCAACUGGGAGGUCGUGCAAAAGAAACGAUCUUUCGUCGCCAGAAAGAUGCACAAGAUCAAUAAGACUAUCAAACCGAUCCUAAAAGCGUUGUGCCGUCGGAACUCCGUGACACCAGCUGCUCAUCACGGCUCGGCCCUGGACCCGCAAGGGUUGUCACCCGAAGAACUGGAGAACUUGCAGAACGAAUACAUCGAGCGCAAACUGUCUCAGGCCGUGGUUUACGACGAGGACGACUACUAUUCGGACUCCGUCAGCAUCGAGUCCGGCCUAGGCAUGUCAUUCGAAGAGCUGAGGGAACCCGAACAGCAACUGCUGUCCCUGCUGCCCGAAGCCCACUACUACAUGUCCCGUGAAUUCUGGUUCGAAUCCGACAUCCGCACUGCCGGCCGACCGUCGUUCACUAGGCAACAGACGCCCCAAAGGCAGCAGCCCAAGUACGUACACUAAACGACCACGACUACUCAACUACUCGUAGCCGCUACCGUCCGUUCGUCUCACGCGUACCUGCCUGUGAUCGAGCAUAUAUUGUUAUCUGCCGCCCGCAACGUCUUUCAUUUUUGCUCAAACUCGUUUUGUUUGUUUUAAAUAUUAUAUCGUAAAUGUAUAUUAUGCGUGAAUUUUAUAUAUAUUUUUUUUUUAUGAGGUAUCAAAUACCGGAUCUCUAAAACCGUGUUUACCACCUCAAAGUGUUCUUGUAUGUAUCUUUAGCGUUUAGCUAAAUUACAUAUACGUAUUUAGAUUUAAUUUUAUUUGUAAGCCUUAUUAUAUACUCGUAUUAUAAUAUCGUCGUU